AUGUCAAAAUUGGAUCAAUCUAUCGGCCAACCUCCAUCACUGCAGGCCAAAAGAGCAAUCAUCGAGGGAUUCUGGGGUGGCGUUCUCCCAGGGCAGCUUUCAUACACCGACAAGGCUGCUGCUCCAGAACAGGUUUUGGACGCGUAUUUCAACUUUUAUCAACAACAGUGUGACUUGAUCGGAUUGCACGCCAAUGGCAAAUACUCCUCCAUUACCACCCACGAGCAUGUCUUGCAGGUCGCAAAACUGCUCAUUCUGGGCCACACGCGGGAUGAAGUAUGCAGUGAGCUUGAUGGAAUGAUACCAAACGCGGACAAGGUACAGCACGAGAGAUCGGUCUACCUAGUCGCCCGACUUUUGCUCAUGGUGCAGGUGGGCGAGAUCCCACACGAAUGGUCUGGGAGCCGACCAAUAUGUUGGCAAGAUGCCGGCUCCACGAUACGUGACGUUAUUCGUGCCCGAUUCUCGGACAUCCCAGUGCUGGGCCACGAAAGAGUCAAGUUUGAGAAGGCCUUUAACGUAUUGGGUCUCAACCGCAUCGCGGGCAUUGAGAUACGCUGGACGUCAAACCUGGCGGACCACUUGCGUUUGAUACACGAUGACACUCUCCUUGACAUAUACCCCGAUGGCUUGAUCCAGGAGACUGCGCAGACUCUUGCUUUGCUCUUUCCCAAGUAUGACCCGGGCGUUAGGGCAUGGUACCAAAAAAUGACUAGGACGACCAAUAUCGACUCCAGUCUGAUGGAUGUCGGCCAGUUGAUAGCGGACGAACGCCAGAUUGAGAACUUCCGGUACUGGCACGACCGUCUGGUGGUCUUGAAGCAGGUAUUUGAUGAUUCUAGGCCUAGGACCAUGAUGCAGUGGUGGUAUGAUCGCCGCAACGGGGUCCAAUGGUACACUUUUUGGGUUGCGAUCGUAGUCUUAAUCAUGACAUUGUUCUUUGGACUUGUACAGAGCAUCGAAGCUAUCCUAGCCCAAGAUACGGCAAAAUUUCAAGCUUUUAUGCGCAUCCUGAAGCAACUCGUGAGCAUAUCGCCUCUAAUGCUAUGUCUUAAAUCUGAGGACGACGUCGCAUUGAUUGCCGUAUUCGAAGAAGCAGUCACAGUCGCAGGCGCAGAAUUGUUCCUAUGA